GAGAGAGAGAGAGAGAGAGAAGAAGGAGGGCGACAAGUGACUAAUGCCUCUGUGGACACAAACAGAAGCAGCUGCAGCAGCGCAAGGUCGGGACGCACAGGCUAAGACCCUACUGAUUUUACGCCCCACGCCAUGCUGCGAGUGUUCAUCCUCAGCGCUGGCAACGUGCAGACCCCUGACACGGACAUCAGCGAUGCCUACUGCAGCGUCCUUUUCCAAGGAGUCAAGAAGAAGACCAAAGUCAUUAAGAAUAAUGUGAAUCCAGUAUGGAAUGAGGGAUUUGAAUGGGACCUGAAGGGGAUACCAUUGGAUGCCAGCUCUGAACUUCAUGUGGUGGUGAAAGACCAUGAAACUAUGGGAAGGAAUCGGUUUCUUGGAGAAGCACGGCUGCCCCUAAGGGAGGUCCUCUCUUCCUCCAGUCUAGCUGCUAGUUUCAAUGCUCCUUUACUGGACAGCAAGAAGCAGAGCACAGGGGCUACUAUCCUUCUUCAAAUCUCCUACAUCCCCCCACCUGGAGCAGCACCAGUGUUUUCCCCUCCUGCUCCGCCUGAAGCUCAACAUGGCCCUAUUGAACUCGACUCUGUUACUGAUACAGCCGGUGAAGAAGAAACUGAAGACCAAGCUGAGAGUGUAGAAGAGGCAGAGCCAGCAGAGGAAACACCACCACAAGAGCCGACAGCCCCUCUACCUAAGAAAACUCCUGCAAAUGGCGUGCAGGGGAUCAAGAAGAGAAGAAAAACCCAAAAGCAGCCCCUCUCCAACAAACCCCAGGACUUCCAGAUUCGGGUCCGUGUUAUAGAAGGCCGACAGAUUCCAGGUGUUAAUAUCAAAACGGUAGUCAAAGUUACUGUGGCAGGGCAGACAAAAAGGACAAGAAUUCGAAAGGGGAACAGCCCAUUGUUUGAUGAGACUUUUUUCUUUAAUUUUUUUGAAUCUCCUUCUGAGCUGUUUGAUGAGCCAGUCUUCAUCACUGUGUUUGAUUCACGUUCUCUUCGCACAGAUGCUGUGAUUGGAGAAUUUCGGCUUGAUGUGGGUACAGUUUACUCCGAGCCUAAACAUGCCUUCCUCAGGCGGUGGCUUCUUCUUUCUGACCCAGAUGACCUGUCUGCUGGGGCUAAAGGCUACUUGAAAGUCAGUCUCUUUGUCCUUGGUCCAGGAGAUGAAGCACCAGUUGAGAAAAAGGAAAUCUCAGAUGAUAAAGAAGACAUUGAGGGGAACUUGCUGCGGCCAGCUGGUCUGGCUUUGAGAGGAGCCCAUUUCACAAUGAGGGUGUACAGAUCUGAGGAUCUGCCACAGAUGGAUGAUGCCUUUUUAGAUGGGAUGAAGCAAAUAUUUGGUUUUGACAGCAACCGGAAGAACCUUGUGGACCCCUUUGUUGAAGUCAAAUUUGCUGGAAAGACGAUUUGUACCAAAGUUCUUGAGAAAAAUGCAAAUCCAGAGUGGAACCAGAGCCUCAUUUUGCCAAUUAGGUUUCCCUCAAUGUGUGAAAAAAUGAGAAUUCGUGCAAUAGAUCGGGACUGGUCAAGCCAAAAUGAUGUGAUCGGCACCAGCUUCCUCUGCAUGUCCAAAAUCUCAGCCCCAGGAGGAGAAAUUGAAGAUGAAAUGCCUCCAGUGACCUCCAGCCAAGCCAGGAUGGAUGACAGUCUUGGCUUCCUGCCCACAUUUGGUCCUUGCUAUGUCAACCUGUAUGGUAGUCCACGAGAGUUCAGCACCUUCACUGACCCCUAUGAACACCUAAACCUUGGGAAGGGAGAGGGAGUGGCAUACCGAGGCAGAGUUCUCUUGGAACUGGACACAAAACUGGUGGACCACACUGAACAAAAAGUGGAGGAUAUUCCUUCAGAUAAUUUAUUAGUUGUGGAGAAAUUCAUGCGAAAACGCAGGUACUGCCUUUUUGCAGCUUUCUAUUCUGCCACACUGCUACAAGAUGUGGAUGAUGCCAUUCAGUUUGAGGUCAGCAUUGGUAACUACGGUAACAAAUUUGACAACAGUUGCCUGCCGUUAGCAUCUACCACACAGUUUAGCCGCGCUGUCUUUGAUGGAUGCCAUUACUAUUACCUGCCCUGGGGCAACAUCAAACCAGUUGUGGUCCUGUCAUCAGAGUGGGAAGACAUCAAAUUUCGAACAGAUGCACUGAACAUGUUGCUGCACAUUGCAGACAGGCUGGAAGCCAAUCUAGAACAGAUGCAGCUGGAAAUCAAAUCAAACAUGUCAGAAGAAGCUGUGAACAUCCAAAUGGAGCAGCUGCUGGAUGAUGUCAUCAGUGAUUGCAGUUUGGAGCUCCCUGACCUACAACAGUGGCCCUGCACUACUCCCUUAGAUAAAUACUUAUAUCGUUUUCGAAAAGCAAAUCUAAUUCAGAUUCAGCAGCUGGCUCUGCAGCUCAAACAUGGCAAUGGCACUGACCCGUCUGCUGUAGUCGAACAGGCUGAGGACUGGCUGCUCCGACUGCGUAAUAUUGCUGAAGAGCCUCAGAAUUCUUUGCCGGACAUCAUCAUCUGGAUGCUUCAGGGGGAUCGGCGAGUGGCCUACCACAGAAUCCCAGCUCAUGAGGUUCUCUUCUCCAAGAACAAAAAUGGAGCAAGGUUUUGCGGCAAAUACUGUGGGCAGCUACAAACCAUCUUCAUGAAGUUUCCACAGGGAGGCGGUAAAGAGUUUAAGAUCCCUGUACAGGUACGGCUUCGAGUGUGGUUUGGACUCUCCACAGAUGCAAAAGAAUUCAACCAGUUUGCUGAAGGCAAGCUCUCUGUGUUUGCUGAAACGUAUGAAAACCAAACCAAAUUGGCACUUGUGGGUAACUGGGGUACAACUGGCUUGACAUACCCUAAAUACUCUGAUGUGACUGGAAAAAUUAAGCUUCCCAAAGACAGCUUCCGUCCCUCACAUGGAUGGACCUGGGUGGGAGAUUGGUUUAUUAGCCCAGAGAAGACACUUCUCUUUGACUCUGAUGCUGGUCACAUGACCUUCAUGGAAGAGGUGUUUGAAAAUCAGAUGCGAUUGCCAGGGAGACAGUGGAUCGGCAUGUCAGAAUGCUUCACAGAUGUGAAUGGUGAGAAAGCCCUGCCCAAAGAUGAGACUGAGUGUCCUCCUGGCUGGGUUUGGGUGGAUGAAGAGUGGUCAACAGAUCUCAAUAGAGCUGUAGAUGAUGAAGGCUGGGAGUACGGCAUCACCAUUCCUCCAGACCGCAAGCCCAAAUCAUGGGUUCCUGCCGAGAAGAUGUACCACACAAAUCGCCGAAGACGGUGGGUCCGGUUACGCCGUAGAGACCCUAAGCAAUUGGAUGCUCUGAAAAAGCAACGCCCUGAUGACAUCGAUCGUGAAGGAUGGGAGUAUGCGUCUCUUUUUGGCUGGAAGUUCCACCUCAAGCCUCGCAAAACGGACAGUUUCCGGCGACGUCGCUGGCGCUGCCGCAUGGAGCCUCUGGAAAAGACUGGUGCUGCUGCAGUCUUUGCCUUGGAAGGCUCUCUGGGUGGAAUGAUAGAUGAAAAAAGUGAUGAUAAAUCCGUAACUCAGAGUUUUGGAGUGAACCGGCCAACCAUCUCUUGCAUGUUUGAUAGUGGGACUCGUUAUCAUUUGCGGUGCUACAUGUAUCAGGCACGUGAUCUCAUCGCCAUGGACAAGGACAGUUUCUCAGAUCCCUAUGCCAUUGUCUCAUUCCUUCACCAGAGCCAGAAGACAGUGACAAUCCGCAGCACUCUUAAUCCUACUUGGGAUCAGACCCUCAUUUUCUAUGAGAUCGAGAUCUUUGGUGACCCUCAGGCUAAUGAGCAAAAUCCACCCAACAUUGUGGUAGAAAUCUACGAUCAGGACACUUAUGGUGCAGAUGAAUUCAUGGGACGCUGCAUUUGCAAACCCACUUUGCAGUUGCUACCAAGCUUAUCAUGGCAUCCAAUCACCAGGGGCCAGAGGAAUGCAGGGGAACUGUUAGCUGCCUUCCAGCUGAUUCGUAGAGAAAAGCCAGCGGUCCAUCACAUUCCAGGUCUGGAGGGGGAAUUCAUUCCCAUUUCCACGCUGGAUGAGCUGUGUAUUCCUGGUUUCUUCCAUGAAAAUCUUCAGCAAUGGCCUGCAGAUUCCAGCCUUCCUCCUCCUCCACCUCUGAAGGAGCCCAACGUUUUCAUGGUGCCACAGGGCAUCAAGCCUGUCCUGCAGCGCACAGGCAUUGAGAUCCUUGCAUGGGGAGUGCGAAACUUAAAACCUUUCCAGUUAGCCAGUGUUUCAUCACCCAGCCUUAUGGUGGAAUGUGGGGAAAAGAUGGUUCAGUCAUGUGUGAUCCGCAACUGCAAGAAGAAGCCCAACUUUGAUAUCAAUGUGCUUUUUAUGGAAGUGCUGCUGCCUUGUGAAAAGCUGUACAGUCCCCCGAUUACAGUUAAGGUGAUCGACAACAGACAGUUUGGCAGAAAACCUGUCGUCGGACAGUGUACCAUCCGAUCUUUAGAAGAAUUCUACUGGGACCCUAACAGGACUGAGCGAGAGUAUUAUGAACUUCAGCCAGAUGAGGUGAGUCUUACCCCUCGAGAUGAGGUCCUCAUUGACAUCGAUGAUAAGGAGCCACUUAUUAGAGACCAGCCAGCAGACAGUGUGACAAGCUCAGCUGCUAUUAACCUUACAUCCUCAGCAUCCAGCCUACAUCUGAAGAUGAAAUGGGAGGAAGAGUUUAUAGACUGGUGGAGCAAAUUCUACGCUUCCACUGGGGAAAGAGCCAUGUGUGGAUCUUAUCUGGAGAAGGGCUUUGACACUUUAAAGGUUUAUAACACAGAACUAGAAAAGACAGAAGAUUUUGAGGGGCUAACUGACUUUUGUCAAACCUUUAAACUGUACCGAGGCAAAUCUCAGGAUGACAAUGAAGACCCAUCUGUUGUUGGUGAAUUCAAGGGCAUGUUUAAAAUCUACCCACUUCCAGAUGAUCCUUCCAUGCCCCCACCAUCCCGCCAGUUCCGACAGCUGCCUCCCAAUGGCCUUGAAGAAUGUCUUGUCCGAGUCUACAUUGUGCAGGCAACUGGUCUACAACCCAAAGAUGCUAAUGGAAAGUGUGACCCUUAUGUGAAGAUCUCUCUGGGCAAGAAGUCAGUCAGCAACCAGGACAAAUACAUACCCUGCACUCUGGAUCCUGUUUUCGGAUGCAUGUUUGAGUUGUCCUGUGUCCUUCCACUGGAGAAAGAUCUCAAGGUCAUAUUGUAUGAUUAUGAUCUUCUCUCCAAGGAUGAAAAGAUUGGGGAGACUGUGAUAGACCUGGAGAACCGCUUCUUGUCCAAGUAUGGUGCUCGCUGUGGACUGCCACUAACCUACUGCCUGUCGGGAGUGAACCAAUGGCGAGAUCAGCUAAAACCAUCUCAGCUCCUGCACCGAUUUUGUGAAAGGUGGAACUUCAAGCUUCCUGUGUACAAGGACGAUCGGAUAAUAUUCCGUGGCCAUGAGUUCACAUUGGCAGAUCUGGAAGAUUCAAAGCCCUCAAAUCCCCACCUUGGACCAGCAUGUGAAUGCUUAGCACUGUAUGUUCUACGUAGACAGGGGCUGGUUCCUGAGCAUGUGGAGACAAGACCUCUGUACAGCCCACUGCAGCCAGACAUUGAACAGGGAAAACUUCAGCUAUGGGUGGACCUGUUUCCAAAGUCACUGGGCCCGCCAGGACCUCCUUUCAACAUAACGCCUCGCAAAGCAAAACGACUUUUCCUUCGCUGCAUCAUUUGGAACACCAAUGACGUUAUUCUGGAUGAUGUCAGCAUUACUGGAGAGAAGAUGAGUGAUAUUUAUGUGAAAGGCUGGGUAUUCGGCUAUGAGGAGAACAAGCAGAAGACAGAUGUCCAUUACCGCUCUCUGGGAGGAGAGGGAAAUUUCAACUGGAGGUUUGUCUUUCCCUUUGACUACCUUCCAGCUGAGCAAGUCUGCAUCGUCAAUAAAAAGGAACACUUUUGGAGCUUAGACAAAGCAGAAACAAAAAUAUCCCCAAAACUCGUAGUCCAAAUCUGGGACAAUGACAAGUUCUCAUUUGAUGAUUAUCUGGGUUCUAUAGAAAUGGAUCUGAACAAAAUGGUUCGGCCAUCAAAGACUCCAGAGAAGUGCACGCUGACCAUGCUGGAGCAGUUGCAGGACCCAAAGAAGCUUGUUUCCCUUUUUGAACAGAAGACUAUGAGAGGAUGGUGGCCUUGUGUUGGAGAGGCGAAUGGAGAAAAAAUAAUUGCUGGUAAAGUGGAGAUGACUCUGGAGAUUGUCAGUGAGCCAGAGCGGGAUGAGAGGCCAGCAGGACUGGGAAGAGAUGAACCAAACAUGAAUCCACAUUUAGAGGAGCCCAAGCGCCCUGAGACAUCAUUUCUCUGGCUGUCUUCUCCAUUCAAGACAAUGAAAUACAUCCUGUGGCGCAGGUUUAAAUGGGUCAUCAUCGGGAUCAUAAUACUCUGCAUCUUGCUGCUCUUCAUUGGCGUAUUCUUGUACUCUUUCCCGAAUUAUGCUGCUAUGAAGUUGGUGUCACCUUUCAGCCGUGCACAGUAAGAAAUCCUGGGUGACAGUUACACAAGAAUGAAGAGAAGUUCUCUGUGAUCAGCAGACAUUCACCGGCCUGAGCAAGAAUAAGAGUGAUCAGAGGGCUGUUUGCGGGUGCACAUGGCCUAUCCUUGCCUGUAUUUUUUUAAAAUAAACUUUUCAUUUUCGUGGUAUUUAGGAAGUUAAGGCUCUGGAAGCCCCAAGAAAAUUUUUUAGCUAGUCGAAGAAAGUGUGUAAAUGACUGUGGUUCUUCAGUAUGAUUUGUUUGUUGUAUGAGAAAUAAUGUACAGUAGUUGUAUUUGAUACAAGAAAUACAUCAGAUGCUUCCAGGUUUAAGGCAAUGCCUGUUACUGUAUUUAUAAACAAAAGUUCAAAACCAAAGCCUAAUACGUGCAUGACAAUUAUGUUCCGAAGUGUUAGUGUACAUUGAUUUCUGUGCACAUGAGCAUAACAUACUUGACUCAACACAAACAUAUAAGGGGGAACAUUUACUCCUAUCAUUAAACAUCAGAUACUAAUGUGUCACAGAACUCCGACGUUAAACCAUUGUAAUAGCCAGCUAGCGUGGAAGCAGCAAGGUAUGGUAGCUGCAAUUCUAUUAUCAUCUAAUUCAAAUAUUAUGCACAAAAAUCAGUCCAAAUAAUAUAUUUUCAUGUACAGCUUGCUACCUCUC